GUUUGAAGAGAGAAGGCAGAAGGCAGCAACAAGAAGGAUUCAUAAUACAAAUGUUGCGAAAAAGAGGAGGUGAACGAGUUUGUUGUUGUUGUAGGACUCCACCACCCACCUGGAGACUCGAGGCUUCGUCUCAGGCUCAGCAUCAUGGCUUAACAAAAUCCUGUUCCUGAAUUCCUCCUCGAUUUUCCCACAACCAAGGUUUCUGCCAGAAAGCUUUGUGCAUUCCUCUGGCAGAUUCAGCCCCACCAAAAGGCCCCACUUCGCCGCCGCCGUGACCACAAAUCGUUUGAGCAGCCUGCAUCUGCAAAUAGCUUGAGAAGACAAGCUGCUGCCUUAUUUGCUCAGCACCAUAUACCUAUUGAACCAAAUCGCUAUGCUACACAGCCUGUAACCUCGUCUAAUCACAGUAACUUUCCUGAGGCAGCACAAUGCAAUUGUGCGGUAAUUCCCACAAGUUCCAUGGAGGUCAAAGGUAGGAUCCGAGAAUCAAGUUGUAACCUUAAAACGUCCAGAGAGUUACUGAGAGUUCUUAACCGUAUCCAGAGCAUUAGAGAACAACAUGCAUCAAAUAUGUCUGCUGUGAAAGGCCUGAAAGUGGAACUAGAUCUUUCUCGAGGACAGAUUAAAGAAUUAAAACGAGGGAAGCAAAUGAAUAGUUGGCAAAUGAAAAGCCUAGUGAAGCAAAUGGCUGAUGACAAGUUUGUAAGGAAGAACAAUGCACAUGACAGACUUAAAGUUGCAGUUCAAUCAGUAGAGGAAGAUCUAGAAGAUGAGAGGAGAUCAAGAAGGCAUUCUGAAAGCCUGUAUUGGAGGCCGGCUCAGGAGCUUUCUGAAGUGAAGUCCUUGUUUUAUGGUUCUUUGAGAGAACUUGAAAGGGAAAGGAAAGCUCGGAUCUUACUCGAGAAUUUGUGUGAUGAGUUUGCCAUACGAAUAAGAGACUGCGAACAAGAGUCAUGCUCUGUAAAGCAGAAUUCUGUGAAGAAUGAUGAAGUAGGUGCAGAUGGAGAUAACCAUGGUAGGUUAAUACUUGAUAUUUCAGAAGCUUGGCUUGAUGAGCGUAUGAAAAUGAAGGUAACCAAAGCUAGCGAUGAUCUUUUGGGGAUAAAUUCAGUUGUUGACAAGUUAGGUUUUGAUAUUGAAACAUUUCUUCGAGCAAAGCGAUCUGUUAAUUUGAGAAAAUACGAGAACUCCUCCCCAAAGGAGGUCAGAGAAAUUCACCCAUGUCAGUAUAAUUCAUUGGAUUCAUUUCCACUACAAGAAUCUAUCAGUGCACCUGUAAAUAUGCAUGAUGAUGAUGAUGAUGAUACUAAUGCUGAGAAUCUUGGAGCAGCUUUCGGUGAAAGACAUGGCAUCAUCAGCUCCAUAGAUCAAGAAAAGAAAGGAAGCCAAAUUUCAACAGGGAAGCAAGUUCAAUCAAAACAAAUCAAAACAAACACAUCUCAUGAUGACGAGGAACGUUUGUUUAUGGAGAGAAAUUCAAAUGACAGAACAGCUUUAAUCAAUGAGACUGAAAUAUCAACUGUUUGUGAGGAACCAGUACAAGUUGCGCAAGAAAGUGAUAGGUCCUUGAUCAAGAUACUGGACUCAAGUCACAGAAUCAGUCGCUCGUCAACAAGACACGAUAGGGUUAAUCUUGAAAAUAUGCGCCGGGGAGAUUCUUGUGUUCACUCUGUAGAUGGAAGCAACGUUAGUCCUGUGAACCAGAGGAAAUUAAGAUUUUCUAAGGGAGUGAAGGAGGGCACGUUGAAGGCGAAACUACUUGAAGCAAGGUUAGAUGGACACUACUCUCGUUUUGUGGCAGGCAAUAGCUCUUUGGGAUGAACCAGAGAAGUUUCUGGUUACAGAACUGGGUCUCAUUUCACAUUAAGAUGUUUCGUGUACAAGUUGGUAAGUACAACUCUAGCUUCCAAAGUUAGGUCUGUGGCCUUCUUUUUGGUGCAAGAGAAUCUUAACGUUAUUUAGAGGAUAUGCACGAAAAUGUAACAGAGAUGUGUCAAUUUGCCAUGGGAAAUCGAUCUUAACUGCUUCCGAGUGAUACAACUGUUAGGGAGAUCCAAUCUCUAUAAGACACUAAAUUGGA